GGUCAAUAGACAAGAUGUUGUCCUUCACUAUAGUAAUAGUUUACAGAUGAUCAGGGCAUUCCCAUACGCAACAGCAGAUACAAUAACAUUCAGCUGUCUGGACAGACACCAAGAAAUGCCAUCAACAUAAAGCUGCAACAUCCGAAUUCUGAAAAUUUAGAUUCCUGUCUUGUCCUGUCAUUGUUCAUCAAAGUGAGGAAGAUGCAGGUGAAUUCCAGCGGACAGUGAGCUCAGACAAGGCUGAUAAGGGGCAGUGAUAAGGGAUAGAAAGGCUCACAAUAACACAAGAUUACAAGUUAGAGUGGCUGCAUUUUACAAUAAUGAGGAACUAUCCGGAGAAAAGAGUGAAUUCUAUAAAACAGACAGUAUUUCUUCAAUUCAUCAAGUUUCAUUUCCUCAUGAGAAGGAGCCUGCCGUAAAUGCCUUCGUUAAAGGGCCAGUAUGUAGGAUAUGGAAGCAAAAUACACUUUGAAAAGUUGAAUACAUUGUAAUAUUAAUAAUGAUGUUUUCCUCAGUUUGUAAUUGCAGUUGGAUUUUUGUUCUUCAUUGUACUGAAGUAACUAAUGGCUGCAAAAUGUUCAGGCAUGUACAGUGCAAGCACAAGUGUGAUAAAAACAUCUGAUUAUACAUGAAGGUUUACAGUUUGCACACUUUACACUGCUCUAUCUAAAUAUACUUUUAUCUACUCAGUCUAAAAUCAGGUCAAAUUAUAAGCAUAAUCAGGGAGGAAGGAAAGGCUGACUGCUUUUUUUUCUUGUGGUUUUUGAGUUCCACUUUUCCAUCUCAGAAAAAUUCCUGUUAACACAGGAAGGAUGAUGUCAGAGUCAAUACAGACUAUUUAAGACGACCCUCUGCCUCGACCCAUCACAGUUCUUCUGUCAACAGAUUUUGCUUGAUAGCUUAAUCUCUCAGCUGCAAUUAUUACAGCCUCUAUCAUCUUUACCACACAUACCAAGAUUUCUUUUUCUAGCACCAGUGUGAUCUUGACUACAGAGGAACUCAACAAUGUCCACCAGCAUCAUGAAAGUGUUUCUUCUCCUGGCUGUCGCUGUCUGCAUCUCUCAAGCCCAACGACACGGCUCGGGAAAGCAGUGUCUGUGCUCAAGUGUCAAAAGGUUGGAUUCCUCUGACGUAAAGGACGUCCAGAUCUUCCAAGCAACUGUCUUCUGUAACAGAGUGGAGAUUGUUGUUACCACCAACAGCGGCUAUCGCUACUGCCUGGACCCCAAGAGAAGACCGGUGCAGCAGCUUGUGGCUAACAUCAUGAACAGACAGAAAGCCUCUACAGCCUCACCAACUACGUUCAGCUCCACAGCCGGCAGCAGCAGCACAGCUCGUUUCUGACUCUCUCUGUAACUCCUUCAAUCAGUGAGAAGCUCAGAUGACCUCUGACUGCAACAGAAGCACCUUCACAGAAAGACGAUGUGAACUCAACUAAGCUUUUUGUUAAUUUAUCUUCUAUUUAUACUUUUGUGCACAUACAGUAUAUCUCCGUUUUAUUUCCUUUGACUUCUGUAAAUACAUUUACGUGUUGUGAACCGAGUGUUUCUUCCAUUUUGUUCAUUCCAGUUUUUUUUUAUAAUAAAAGACAUAAUCAAGAAAGCAUUGAGUCAUUGUUA